AUGUGGAGCCCUCUGUUAUAUGUCAUCUGUGUGGGGUUAGUCUGUCGAGGUCAGGCUGCCAGCUCGGAGCAAGUAGUCAUCAAAAAAGUUAAAGACAAGGUGUCUCUGGAGUGUCCGGCUGUCAGUGAUGCUGAUGAAUACAAGGGUGUCAUGUGGAACAAAAAUACUGUUGCCUUUCUGACCUCUGACAGGAAGCAACAUGUGGACUAUGUCAGUGGGACUCCUUCAGGCAGGAUUUCUGUCGAUGAUCAGCAUAAGCUAACUUUGAGGGACCUUGAGAUGUCGGACUCUGGCAACUACUCUUGCCAGAUUUAUGUAAAUAAAAGUGGCACCUUAGAGCCGAGGGAGACUGCAUAUAUUUUAAUUGUUCAAGAUGUUCCUGGUGCCCCUGGCAAGCCGACUGUGAAAGAUAUUCAGUCUCGACAAGCUGCGAUCACAUGGGCACCAAGUAAUGCUAACAAUAGUCCAGUCACCGCUUACGUGUUGAAUGUCAGGGACUGCCAGACAGAUACCACCACAAUAGAUCUGGUUUUAAGCAACGAAUCCUCCACAGUGACAGUUGAUGGACUGUCGCCCUUCCGGUGCUACACUGCCAGGGUUGCUGCUGUGAAUGCUGUCGGCAAAGGCAGUCUAAGUGACGCAAGUGAUCCAUUCUACACUACAGAAGAAGACCUGGGCGAUGUUAACAGCACAGCAGUUGUUAUGGAUU